CCAGCUGUCUGUUGUAAUGGCGUCAUCCCUGACGCCUGAAGGCCACCGUCUACAUUCAUGACCAUGCCAACGAUUUAAAAAAACUUAGGCCGCGGUGUGAAAUCUUACAGAUUCUGCCAAUGCCUCCCCAUCGUGAAGUGGGGCGAACCCUGCAGAUGUGAUUUAACUAUUACAAGUAGCAAAAAGGACCGACUGUGCUCAAAACUCCCACAUUCACUCGUUGUUAAGCUAGUUUUUAAGUCAGUUUUUGGACCAAACAUAGAGCAUUGAAAGUUAAACCAGGUCAAACUUUGACCAAUUAGGGACUCAGAUUGGAAAGUUACAUAUGGAUGACGUCCUUGUUGCCCCUUCCAACUUGGAGAGCAUGCGCUAGUAUCCAGUAACAACAGUGCGGUGUGAACACGUCAUGCUAAAACUGUGUUCAUGAACCCGUGUUUAGCGUGCUCUUUGAAUUCAUUCCUGAUGCCAAAGCUUCUAGCUUUAGAGCGUCCUCUUGCAUGAAACAGUCCAUCUCUUUGUUGUGGAGUUUCUUAAAGCUGCAGCUAAAUCUUCAGUUUCACUCCUCCUUGAUUGUUCUGCUAUACCUUCACAUGUUACAGAUCACCAUACAUAUUUUUGUACCUCCUGAACUGGAUGUGUCACAUUACACAUUUUCGGGUGAGGAAAGAAUCCCCCGUUUUUACUAUUUGUAGAUGUAGAGGCGGUGUUCCUCAGGGUUCUUGUUUCUGCCCUCUUCUUUUCUUGGUCAGUAACACAUCACACCAGCUUUUGCUGAAAGUCGUGACCUCUUUAGGCCAAGUGAUUAGGACACUUGAUUCUGAUCAUUUGGAUGGAUAAGCCAAUACAAAAAUCAAUUUUAGCUCUUCAUUUAUAAGUGGAUAAAAGCAUCUACUAAGCUAAAUGUUAAGUCAGAAGCGGUUUUGCCAGAUAGUGAGUUGCCUGUCUUGUUUCUCUGCUCAGUUUUAGGUAUAUGUGAUCAAAGUUGGUGACGGUUUGACAAUUAAUCUUCUCUAAAUCCCGACGUCCGUUCGAACACAAUUUAAAAUGUUUCUUUUGCUCAGUUACAUAACCAUAAGUACACAGACUUUUAUCGCUGCUCUUUCACAAAGGCUUUCUUAUUCAACUUGACGUCACAAAAAAAACAAAAAAAAAAACAAAAGCAUGUGUCAGCAAAGCAGACUGUUCUUUUGUGCAGUCUUUGUUUCCCAUCAUGUAAUUCAUCAGAGCGGAGUCUUGAUUCUACGUGUCAGACAUGAGAGCGAGUAGCAUUCCCACCGCCUGUGCGCUCCGGCCUGAAUGAUGGCUUUGUUUCAAAGUGUUACGUAGGAAGAACGGAUUGCUAAAUCACACGCCGCAAAGGAGAGAACGGCAAAACCUGAACGCGCCGGCCGCAUGGAAGCUGCAGGAUUUGAGGAUUAAAAAUAAGUGUUGGAAUGAAAUACAAUCCUUUACUAAGUUGGAUUUUUUUUUUUAAAUAAAAGAUUUUUUCUGGAAUAAAAGUGGGAAAAAGACAAUCUUCAGGAUGCAUCUGCAGUCUCCUCACAAAGCCGUGCUCUGCCUGCUGCUGCCUCCGUUUGUGGAAUCAGCUGCUCUGACUCGGACACAAAUCUGCCGCAUCCUCAGCGAGAGCUUCUUUAUGGUCAAAGGAGCCGCCCUCUUCCUCCAGCAGGGCGGCGCCACACAAGAACCAAAAACUCCGACCCACCACAAACAUGCAGGAGAUUUACCGCAGCACCUGCAGAUCAUGUUCAAGAUCCUGCGCUCUGAAGAUCGCAUCAAACUGGCUGUGCGGUUGGAGAGCGGUUGGUCAGACCGGGUGCGUUACAUGGUGGUCAUCUACACCAAUGGAAAUCAAGAUACGGAGGAAAACAUCGUUCUUGGAAUGGACUUCACAGAUAAGGAUAGGUAUGAGCAACAAGCGGUUCCUUACAUCGUUCAUGUAAGGCCGCAUCCUGAUGCUUUAUUGUUUCCGUUCUUCAGUAAAAGCUGCUCCAUCGGGAUGGUGCUGCCCCUGUGGAGUGAUACCAACAUCCAUCUAGAUGGAGACGGAGGCUUCAGCGUGAGCACGGCAGGGCGGUCUCAUGUCUUCAAACCUGUGUCUGUGCAGGCCAUGUGGUCUGCCCUGCAGGUCCUCCACAAAGCCUGUGAACUCUCACGCCGAUUCAACUAUUUCCCAGGAGGCAUUGCUCUCACGUGGAUGGCAUUUUAUGAAAGCUGCAUCACCUCAGAGCAGAGCUUCAUCAACGAGUGGAAUGCCAUGACAGACCUGGAGACGACCCGGUCCGAGUCCCCCAACGUGUUUGUUGACCGGCCCACUGAGAGAGAACGAACUGAGAGUCUUAUCAGAGCCAAGCUACGAAACAUCAUGAUGUUUCAGGAUCUGGAGAACAUCACGUCAAAAGAGAUCCGUAAUGACCUGGAGCAGCACAUGAGCUGCCAUCUCAAAGAGUACAAGGAGUUUAUAGACAACGAGAUGCUUUUAAUCCUCGGCCAGAUGGACAAGGCCACGCUGAUCUUUGACCACGUCUACCUGGGCUCUGAGUGGAAUGCUUCCAACCUUGAAGAACUGCGUGAGUGUGGAGUCGGCUACAUCCUCAACGUCACCCGAGAGAUCGACAACUUCUUCCCCGGGAUGUUCUGCUACCAGAACGUCCGCGUGUACGACGAGGACGCCACCGACAUGCUGGCCCACUGGAACGACACGUACAACUUCAUCGCUAAGGCCAAGAAGAAUAACUCAAAGUGCCUGGUGCACUGUAAGAUGGGAGUGAGCCGCUCCGCCUCCACCGUUAUCGCCUAUGCAAUGAAGGAGUACAGCUGGUCCCUGGAGAAAGCCUACAACUUCGUCAAGCAGAGGCGGAGCAUCGCGCAGCCAAACUCGGGGUUCAUGAAGCAGCUCGCAGAGUACGAGGGGAUUCUGGACGCCAGUAAGCAACGCCACAACAAGCUGUGGAGGCCCGGCGCAGAUGAGGAGGGGUCUGAGGAGCUGCAGGCGUCGGGCCACUGUGCCGGUGGGGACGGGGAAGCCUGGGGAGGCUGCGGGGCGUCCCCCUGCCGAGGGAUCGGCCUGGAGAUGGAGCCUCUGGACUCCCUGAACUACAACUAUUACUUCAGGCGGCUGUCGGAUUCGGCGCUGGACAGCGAGCCCUCCACCCCGGUGCGGGGCCCCCCUCUGCUGGGGAUGGAGCGAGUUUUCAUCGAGAUCGAGGACGUGGAGAGGGACGCCCUGCUGGACGACGAAGGCUUCCCCAUGGCUCACUUGGCGCUGCCCGGGGAGGGCACGGCGGCUCAGACGUGCGGGCGGCUCGACCCCAUGGAGGACAUGAGGCUGCGGCUGGAGUUCAGCACCCUGGAGGAGGAGGACGAGGAGGAGGCCAAGAAAGAAGAGGCCGAGAUGGCGGCGUUGGCGCAAACGCCCGGGGGGUCAGACGGGAGGAGGGACGACGCUGAGAGGAGCGAGGAGAGUCGGUUAGGGUUAGCCAACCUCAACACCAACAACAGCAACCGCCUCGCCGCCAAACGCUCCUGUCCUGCAGCUUUCGACGACAGUGCCAGCACCGGAAACCCUUUAAAAGUCAAGCCCUCCUACCAGUCCUGCAAGGACUGCAUGUGUCUCCCCCAGGGGUGGCGCUGCGGAGGCCCCCCACUCCGCCUUAACCCCUCCCGCCAGUGCGCCAUCCCCUCCAUAUGCAUAGACCCGCCGGGAACCCAUUUCACCCCCAGCUCUGUGUCUGCCGACGCCCCGCCCGGACUGGUCCAGCCCUGCCCCCGCUUCUACCACUGUGCCACCUGCAGCCUGGGCGACCCGCAGAAGAUGUUCUCGCCCAUGAGCUGCGAGGAAACGCCGGCCGGCGGCUGCGCGGCGGAGGCCAUGGACGAGGGGGUGUUCCGACAGAACCCCGGCGGGGAGGGGCUGAAGCGGCACCUGCAGGUGUCCGGACUCGGGUUCGAUUUCCAACUGAUGCGGCAGAAAACGGAGCAGCUGGAGAAGCUGCAGAGCAUGGCCAUGGAGGGCCAGCUCCCGGUGGAGCCCAUGCCUUAACGGACGGAGGGGGAGGAGGUGGCUUCCCACUACCUCAACAGUUCAAAACUAGCAGGUUGUUUUCACCUCCUGCGUAAUAUGGUGGAAGACUCUUCACGCCUGUGGGGGCUGUUUUUCCCGCCCCGCCACACAUGCAUGAUCAUCCACACAUCCCACUGACGACGCCGUACGUCACACUCCUCCUAAAGUCCGUCUGAAUGCUGUACCAGCUGUAUUUAGUCCAUUUCAGUGAAAUUAUUCCUGCUGUAGCCACUUCUACACUUCCCAUUAACCGCAUAACAAACGAUCAGCACAUAUGAGCCUUUCUCGAGGUCUCUCUGCGCCUCGCACAUCGUCUGCUUUGGUCAAAGAGCGUUUUGUUCUCUGAAUGCUUCUCCAUGACUACAUUACACUUAAUCCGAUCAGGCACUUCUCAGUUCAGUCCGUGCUGGAGUGUGGUUGUUUAUACAAAAAAACUUUUGGUACCAAAAAGUUUUUACGAACUGAUCCGACUUACAAAAAAGUUGCUUCUACAUCCCAAAAUAAAAAGCAAAAUGUAACAUUUAGGAGUUUCUUUAAGAAAAGAAUGAAUCAAACUGGAUAUUUUUUUAGUUUAGUUUAGUCUUUAGU